AUGAAUUUCCAGGAUCUGCUUGACGAGGUGGAGGAUGCGAUGAAAAGCCCUCGAUCUGGAGGCAGCGGCAGCCAAAGUGGAGGAGCAAAGUACGCCAACGACGUGGAAACGCCCAGCAGAAUAACCAAACCUGUCAGCCAGGGCCGGGGCCAGAAUGAGCUGGAUGAUCUACUGGACAUGCUCGGAGACGAAGACAGCAAACCUGCAGCAGUUCACCCACGGCCGAUGUCGACAACGCGAGCUGGAGCUUAUAACUCGUCUGAGACCAAGACCACGCGCACCGAGUGCCCACAAGCGCUGAUGGACGGAGGACGUGCUACCCGAGGACUAAGCACUGCGUUCUCGCGGAAGUACGUCACGGUUUUCAUUGUGUGCUCCAAUCUUCGCUGCAAUGAGUGUGACUUCACCGUGGUGCAGUUCCCCGGAAAGAAAUGGGACGCUAGCGCCGACUACAUGUUCUUCCGUGAAAAUGUUCCCAGCGAAGUGAAACUUCGUGCCAAAAUGGAAAUCGCCCCGGAGUUCGCGGCUUACGCGUGUCAGUGCAAGUGGCUCUCGAUCAGCUCGCAGACUCGUGUCGACCAUUGCCAGGUGAAAUGGUCGUGUGCGGGACAUUAG